AUGGAAGAAGCCACAGAGUUUUCAUCAAAUGGCAACUCUUUGAUUAAAGCUGUUUAUCAGAGAAGACUUCGCCUUACAAGAUUGUUGUUAGAAGGUGGGGCCUACAUUAAUGAAAGCAAUGACCAUGGUGAAACACCUUUAAUGGUUGCUUGUAAGACAAAGCAUGUAGACCAUCAGAGUGCUAGCAAAUUCAAAAUGGUGAAAUACCUUUUGGAAAAUAAUGCAGAUCCAAACAUACAGGACAAAACUGGAAAGACAGCGUUGAUGCAUGCCUGCUUGCAGAAAGCUGGCCCUGAAGUGGUUUCUUUACUAAUUAAAAGUGGAGCUGAUUUGAGUUUACAAGACCAUUCAGGAAACUCAGUUCUUCUGUAUUCAGUGAAUUCGGAGGAUAAGGAAACUCUAAAAGUUGUUCUAGAUGCUUGUAAAGCAAAAGGGAAAGAAGUUAUAAUAAUUACAAAAGACAGAUCUCCAUCUGGAAAGCAAAGAACUAGGCAGUUCUUAAAUGUGCCUCCUCCUGAUAUUGAUGAAUCUCAGUUUCCAAGUUCUUGUACUUCUCCAUCAGAAGUAGAAGUUAAAACAACUUUGCCCCCUUCCACAAAUUCAAAUGACACAAAAGAGUCUCUGUUUAAUUUCAAAGAACUGAAUCAUCCUGGAAGAAAGGAAGGUGUAUCUGAACAACAUUCUCCUUCAACACAUACAGGCCCUCAGAUGCCAAAUACCAAAAUUUAUUCUGAACCUUGGAUGAAGACUUCCCCUUCAGUCUUGAAUCAGAAUCAAAUACCUUCUUUACAAGAACUUCAUGAUAUAACACCAGAAGAGGAGUUGUGUCUUAAAAUCAGUAGUCUAGACCUUUCUAAGAGAUUUAUCACUACACGUCACAGCAUUGAUAUUAAGGAUACCCUUAAUUUCUUGAAAAAUUUUGAACAAACUGCCUCAAGAAAGAUGUCAUAUGAUGAAAUAAACUCUAAUUCACUUUUUGGUGAGACUAGUCGGAGUGAAGUUCCUUCAGACCAAAAUUCAGAUUUGACCCAUAUGAGCUUCAUUUCCACCCUGAAAAGCAUUGUUCAAAGAAGAAACCUGGGUGCAAACCACUAUAGUUCUGAUUCGCAGUUAACUAGCUUAGGCCCUGUUACAGAAGACAGCAAGUUACUUCCAGGGAAGAAAAAGUUUCUUUCACCAUCUCCAUCAUUGUCUUCAAGUUCCAGAGAAUUGAUUGAAAGCAUGCCUCCCAGUUUCUUAAGCAGGAGAAAUCAUGCUAUUCUAGAGAGACGGGGUUCAGAUCACACUGCCCUGGCUAGACCUAACUUUCUCCCCCCUUUAAAUGUGAACCCUCAUUCCCCAAUCUCUGAUAUCUACAAGACUGUAUCUUCCUGUGGACAAAAAACCUUAAUUCCAACAGCACCUGCUUACUCUAAAGACUUCAAAAGCACAACCCUGUUGACAAGAAGGCAGUCUUUACAAACUGAGCAGAUCAAGCAGCUGGUGAAUUUUUAG